CCGGUCCACCCGAUUUCACAGGUGAAGAUGAAAUACACCAAAGAGACCUACCAGGCUAACUGUAUCCUGGACGGCGUUGCUUUUCCUAUCGCCGCCUUCUCAUGAUAUCCGGACCUUUCCCCGGAAAAAGCCAUCGUCUUCAUUAGCUUACCAAUCAACAAUCCAGUCAUGGCGUUUAGUUCCGUUACUCAAACCCUAGAUCCAUGCCAACACACCUCGGAAUCCAUACCCGACAACCCCGACGACCACAUCUGCUCCGAAACAACAAACCCCUUUUCUCCAGAGUCAGUAGCGAAUCACGAAUCUUCAUUGUUGGAUAAUCCGAAUGGCUGCUUGACAACAGGUGCCAGAAUCGAGAGAGCAUGGGCACAUUGGAAGAAGCUCGGUGAGCCCAAGCUAAUUGUAGCACCGAUGGUCGAUAAUUCGGAGCUUCCUUUCCGAUUAUUAUGUCGGAAAUAUGGCGCUGAAGCUGCUUACACUCCUAUGCUUCACUCUCGUAUCUUCAGUGAGAACGAGAAGUAUCGAUCUCAGGAAUUCACUACCUGCAAGGAAGAUCGGCCAUUGUUUGUUCAAUUUUGUGCGAAUGAUCCAGACACUUUACUGGAAGCAGCUCGAAAAGUGGAGCCUUAUUGUGAUUACGUUGACAUUAAUUUGGGGUGCCCACAACGUAUUGCCAAAAGAGGAAACUACGGAGCAUUCCUAAUGGAAAAACUCCCUCUCGUGAAAUCCUUAGUUGAAAAAUUAGCUCUUAACCUCAACGUCCCCGUAUCUUGCAAAAUCCGACUCUUCCCAAACUUACAAGACACUUUAAACUACGCAAAAAUGUUGGAAAAUGCCGGUUGUGCCCUUUUAGCAGUACACGGACGCACCCGUGACGAAAAAGACGGGAAAAAAAUCCGCGCAAAUUGGGACGCGAUUCGGGCGGUUAAAAACGCGCUUCGAAUACCCGUUCUUGCAAAUGGAAAUAUCCGCCACAUGGAUGAUGUGACACGUUGUUUGGAAGAGACGGGUGUCGAUGGGGUGCUUUCAGCUGAAACCCUACUAGAAAACCCUGCGUUGUUUGCAGGGUUUAGGACCGUUGAUUGGGUAUCCGACGGUGGAGAUGGGAUUCGUGACGCAAAGUUAGAUCAAGCGGAUUUGGUUGUUGAGUAUUUGAAGUUAUGUGAGAAAUACCCGGUGCCAUGGAGGAUGAUUAGGGCUCAUGUUCAUAAGAUGUUAGGGGAGUGGUUUAGGGUUCAUCCGCAUGUGAGAGCUGAUUUUAAUGCUCAAUCGAUUCUUAGCUUUGAGUUUCUUUAUGGUAUGGUGGAUCGGCUUCGAGAACUUGGUGUUUCGAGGCCACUUUAUGUCAAGGACACUGUCUAGACUCAGACAGGAUAGCAUUGUACUGCGUUUGGUGUGCAUUAAACAUUUAAACUAAAACCGUAACUCAUGUCGAUAGGACAAAAGUUGUAUUCUUUGUCCCAUUAACAAAAUAUGAAACAAUGCGGGACGUUCAAAAUAGACCUAGAAAACUUGUCCAAUUUGUCAUAAUACAAUGAGAACUCAAUAUUUAUGUUA